AUGGGGUGCAAGUCUUCAGACAAACCAAAGACAAAGCCAAAGCACAAGAAAGGCUUAUGGUCACCUGAAGAAGACCAAAGGCUCACAAACUACAUCCUCAAACAUGGACAUGGCUGUUGGAGCUCCGUCCCCAUUAACGCGGGGUUGCAAAGGAAUGGGAAGAGCUGCAGAUUAAGGUGGAUUAAUUACUUAAGACCAGGAUUAAAAAGAGGGAUGUUUUCCUUACAAGAGGAGGAGACAAUCCUCACCCUCCAUCGCCUGUUAGGCAACAAGUGGUCUCAAAUAGCACAGCAUUUGCCUGGAAGAACAGAUAAUGAAAUAAAAAACUAUUGGCAUUCUCAUUUGAAGAAAAAGGUGAUAAAAGCUGAGGGAAUAUUGGAGGAGCUGCCAAAUGCACAAAAAACAAGCUCAUCAUACUAUACUAAUGAUAAUAAUAGUAAUAACAUGCAGGAACCUUCGUCUUCAAUGCAAACUCCAAGUUAUGAAUCAAUAUUAUCUACUGAUCAAUCAGUUCCAUACUCGUUCGACUCUCCUGACAAUAAGCAAGUUAACUAUAAUAACAGGAUUAACUCCAUCCCUAAGCUUAUGUUCGCAGAAUGGCUUUCACUUGACAGCUUUCCGAGUUUAGGGGAUUAUCAGUCGAUGGUUUCCAUUUCGAAGGGCACUACUGCCUUUGAUCAUAAUAAUCCAAGCUUAAUAUUACAGGAUAGUUUCAUGCAAGAUUAUUUAUUGAAUAAUAAUUCUGAUGAGUAUCGUAAUUCGAUAAUUAGCGAUGGGUCUGGUGAUGAGAUUUUCAUUUCAGAGUUCAAUUUGAACAAUGAUUUCAUGUAUAUAUAA